GCCAGAUUAGUUUAGUGAGCGCAAUAGGCUACGGCUAGUCCGCUCAACCGCAGCAAACUAAAAUGAGACGCUGUUAUUUAGUCUGGCCAAUCAGAUAGCUAGUUGAUGUUGCUUGUUAUAUGCUCUUUCCGAAAUACGUCUGAAAGAUGUUGAGCCCCGUCCCAGAUUCGUCAUAGCCAGACGGGUAAUCUUCCGCCUGCUGGAGGGUCAGCAGUCAUAAACAAAACUCGCCAUGUCCUCGGACCGUGUAUCUUCCCUGACCGGGACACACGGGCUCCUUCGCGGGCAGCGUACGAAGUCAUAUGGCAGUCUGGUGACUUCCUCCUUAUCACCAGUCAGGCAAAAACGAAUUGAACAUCAAGUUCAACCGGGAGAUACUCUGCAAGGAUUGUCACUGAAAUACGGCGUGUCUAUGGAGCAAAUCAAACGGGCAAACAGACUGUAUACCAAUGAUUCAAUAUUCCUGAAGAAGUUCCUCUCAAUCCCUGUGCUGACAGAGUCACUGUCCUUUACUAAUGAGAGUGAGCUACUGCAAGAACUGUCAAAUCAAGAAGAGCGUAUUUCACAGCAUCUGGUUCCUGCUGGGAAUGGCCAAACAGACUCUGAAAGUCAAGAAGUGCCAUCAGAUCUUUCUCCAUCGGACUAUUUUAAAAGGAUGGAUAGUUUGAUUGAUCAGUCAAAACAAGCAGCCAUAAAAACAUGUCAAGAGGGAGAUGAACAGUUUUCUUCAAUGGAACAGCUCCGUCACAGCAGGCAAGGCUCAAGUGUCUCUUCCCAGGGUCAGCAGGCCAUACUGGGGGCUGUGCCUCUCACCAUCAGCAAACGUACCAAAAAACUGAGGGACAGAGAGGAUGAGAUCUUUCAGCUCUGACACUGGCUGUUUAGUGCAGUUGUCUGGUUUGUGUCCUAUUUUUGAUUAUGCAGGAGGGUGGAUGAGUUGAGGAUGUCUAAUUUCAUGCCUUCUGAAAUAUUGGUGCUGUAUGGUGAAUGUCUGGACUGCCAGGAUCUAUGCACUUGAUGGCUGAUUGAUUGGUUAUGUUGUGGAAGUGAUGUGCACUGACACUGUGCUGAAUGUGCCACUGUGGCCUUAGGUCAUGCUGUCCUGGCACUCUAGCCUGUUGCCUGCUAUUGGUUGCAUUACAAUACAUACUGUACAGCAGUACUACUUCUUUUUUCUAUUCUCUGCCCUCUAUACUCAAUGUUUUUUUUUCCCUUUAUCCAUCAGAUGGAUGGCUGAACCUGUACCUCACAAAAAUGAUUUCAUAAAGAACAUAAGGCUUUACUUACAAGGCAACAUUAUUUGCAUGAAUUGAUUUUGUGGGUUUAAAUGCACUGUUGACACAAACAUUCACUGUAAACACUACAUUGUUAUGUGAAUGUGGUUAAAAUUCAAAGGUUAAGGAAAACGCCUUAAAUCUACCUUUAUUCCCUAAGCACAUUUACUGUUCUGUUCCCGGUUGUUAUGUGCUUUUUUUUGGGUCACGUAGCUGCUAGACAGCCAGGGAAGUAUUUGACAAAGCAGGAUUUCUCAUUUAGCUAAAUUUAAGCCAAAAAUUUUAGCUGUCUAAUGGGAAAAGAGGUAAAGAGCAUUCUCAGCUCACUGAGAAUUCCAGCUUUGUGAAAUACCCCACUGUUGUCAACAUUUCUAAUCAGACCUUCCCUAUCUCCAGUGCUCUUGCCAUCUCUGUAAUUAUAAGUUAGCUGUGAAUACACUGACUUGUUUAUUUUAUUUAAUUUUAUUGUAUUUUUGCAGGGAAUUGGCAGACUGGUUAUUACUGCUUGGCAAUCAACUUGCAUAUAGUUUACAAGUUUCCUGUUGCUUUCACAUGUGGUGUUCUAUUUAUUUGGUUCUUGUUUAGCAGGCACGUGAGUUUAAAAAGGUGUGGCCAAUAUAGACUUGACUUUUUUGUAUGUGUAAGCUCUGGAAUUCAGUGAGAAUGUUCAUGAACAACAGUGUCACCUCCACAAGUGGAGUCAGAGUGACAGGUUUUUGACUGUUGACACAUUGACUGCCAAAGGGAAUUUCUCAAGAUGAAUGCAUUGUGAUGUACAUGUGGGCUGAGCUUAUAUUUUUAACAGUGUUAUACCAUAUACAAAUAUGAAAAUGUAAUAGUACCACACAGACACACAUGAACAAUUGAUGAUG